AUGGAAGGGGAUUCUGAACAACCACAAGUAGCAGUUGAAGUUCUCGAUGUAGAGGAAGGUGAGAUCUCAGAUUCCGUCUCAAUCGAAGAAAUUACCGAAGAGGCGUUUAAUUCUAAGCAAGAGCCGCAGCCGUCGUCUGCCAAUAUUAAUGUUAAUCCGAUUACCAGUGCUUCCAAUAAUACUAAUGUUAACAACAAUAAUAAUAAGGGUCAGAAUAGUGUUGGAGGAACAGGAACUAGGGUUUGGACUAUGAGAGAUCUGUACAAGUAUCAGAUGACUUCAAGGAAUUAUUCGGGCUUGUAUAAUUUGGCUUGGGCUCAGGCUGUCAACAAUAAGCCCCUUGAUGAGGUUUUAGUCAUGGUGGAGGAUAAUUCUAAUAAUAACAGUAAUAGUGACAAUAAUAACAAUAGCAGCAACUCGAAUUCGAAGCGGAUGGAAUCAGAGUGUGUGGAAUCUGCUGGGAUUGAAAAUAAAAUUGUGAUUGAUGUAGAGGACGAGGGUGAGAAGGAGGAAGGGGAAUUGGAGGAAGGUGAGAUUGAUUUGGACUCUGAGGGGGUUCUGGAGAAUAUGGGGAUUGAGAAUGAGGCUGAGCCUGGUUCAAAACAGAAUGUUGAGUCGGAGAAGAAGCAGUUUGAUUUGAUUAAGAAAGAGCUCGAGAGUCUGACUGCGGUUGAUGCAGAAAAAUCAUUUGAUGGACUGUGUUUGAGAUUGCGAAGCUUGAUGGACAGCGUGCAGGAAUUGGGUUCAGAAAGUUUGAUUGCUGAGAAAGAUGCUCUUGUUCAAAUGUUAUUUGGUGCAAUUCAGAUUGUUUAUUCUGUGUUCCGCUCCAUGAAUAAAAGUCAAAAAGAACAGAAUAGGGACAUCUUGUCAAGGUUCCUUGCUCAUGUAACGAGUCCAAAGGUGCCUCUUUUUUCCUUUCAGCAGUUGAAAAUGGUGGAGGUUAUUAGAUCUUCCAUGGAUUUUUCAGCUGCUUCUUUGGACCUUAAAGGCAACAACGUGGAUAUAGACAAACCAGUAGAUGAGGCGCCUAUCAAUACUGAUUCUGACGUGUUAUCUGACAACGCUAAUAAUGUUUCAACUAGCGUGAAGAAGAGUGAGAUGGAAUCUAUGUCUACUGGAUCAUCAGUUGUAAAUGAGUGUAGGGUUUCAUUAGAACGUGCGAAAUCAUUGGUUGGUAAUGCUAAUAAGCAUAAAGGAUUAGUAUUUCCCCUGCUAGACCUUCAUAAAGAUCACGAUGUCGAUAGUCUUCCAUCACCCACCCGAGAAACAUCUCCAUCUUUGCCCUUUGAUAAAGGAUUUGUAUUGGGACACGGGUUGGUGAAGCCAGAGUGGCCUGUGCCCAGACGAACUCUUGAGAGCGGAAAUGUUAUAAUACAUCCUAAUGAAACCGAUGCCGUCAACGCUUUUUCCACCUAUCAACAGAAAUUUGGUCGAAGUUCCAUUUUCAUGAGUGACAAGCUUCCGAGUCCAACUCCUUCGGAAGAAGGUGAUAGUGGGGAUGUUGAUAUUGGUGGGGAGGUUUCCAGUGCUUCUAUUCCUCGCAAUAUUGUUCCUGUUAAAACCUCAGUUAUUGGACAAUCAUCUUUUUCUUCUGUUGCCGAUAUGGAUAUCUUUUCUGGACAAGAACAUAGCAGUGCUAGGACCACUAGCCCCAUGACUCCUUUGCCAAAUCCUGUGUUGAAAUCUUCAUCGGCAAAGAGUAGGGACCCUAGGCUUAGACUGGUCAAUUCUGAUGCAGGUGCCGGGGACCUAAAUAAAUCCCUUUUACCUAUAGAGAGAACUGAGCCCAAAGUAGAGCCUUUAGGAAUGAUGAGUUCAAGGAAGCAGAAGACAGUCAAUGAGCCAGUUUUGUUUGGUCCUGCAUUGAAAAGGCAAAGAAACGGUCUGCAUACUGUUACUGGAACUGGUGGUUGGUUGGAGGACCGAGGAUCAGUUGGAACGCAGGUAAAAAAUGGAAACUCUGGAAUUGAUAUGAGAAAAUCGGAAGAUACAGUAACUUGCAUUAGUUCCAGCAGUAUUACUACUACUGAGAAAGGCAAUGGAAAUGAGAAGUUCCAAUGUGUAGGUUCCUGUGCCACCUUACCAGUAACAAGCCCAAUCACAAGCCUGCCAGCUACAGGUCCAUCCACAAGCCUGUCGGUAACAGGUCCAUUCGCAAGCCUACCGGUAACAGGUCCAUUCGCAAGCCUACCAAGCUUGCCAGUGACAGAUCCUAAUAAUACAGCUUCCCUUCAUUCUCUGUUGAAAGAUAUAGCUGGGAACCCAUCUAUAUGGAUGAACAUACUUAAGAUGGAACAGUUAAAGUCUGUUGAUUCUAUCAAAAGUGUGACAUCACCACCAACCUCAAAUUCUAUACUGGGAGCAGUUCCAUCAAUUAAAGUACCUGCAUUCAAGCCACCAGUGGCUGGACACCUAUCAGCAGGAUUACUUAAGUCUCCUCUGCAGGCAGUUUCUAUGGAAGAAUCUGGAAAAGUGCGCAUGAAACCUCGUGACCCACGCCGUGUUCUUCAUAAUGGUACAUCUCAGAAGUGUGGGACUGGGGGACUUGAUCAACCGAAAAUUAAUCCUGCAGUCAGUCAGGGAAUGACGAGCAGCUUGGGUGCCCAAAAGCAGGAGGAUCAGUUGGAUAGGAAGUCCGUGUUUUCAAGUCCAACUGCUGCACCUGAUAUUACACGGCAAUUCACUAAAAACUUGAAAAACAUCGCAGACAUCCUGUCUGCAUCUCAAGCAUCUAUAUCUCCGCCAAUAGUUCCUCAGGCUUCGUCAUCACAACCAGCACAAGUUUAUCAAGGUAAAAUGAAGACUAAGGGUGUAGUGUCUGAGUCCAGCAACCUUAGAAGUGGAAUUGGCUUAGCUUCUCAAGAAGUGACUGCAGCCUUAUCACGACCACAGAAUGCGUGGGCGGAUGUGGAUCAUCUGUUUGAGGGAUUCGAUGACCAGCAAAAAGCAGCUAUUCAGAGAGAAAGGACACGGAGGAUUGAAGAACAGAAGAAAAUGUUUGGUGCUCGCAAGCUCUGUCUUGUCUUGGAUCUGGAUCACACACUUCUAAAUUCGGCCAAGUUUGUUGAAGUAGAUCCGCCUCAUGAUGAAAUCUUGAGAAAGAAAGAGGAACAAGAUCGUGAAAAGCCUCACAGGCAUCUAUUUCGCUUUCCUCAUAUGGGAAUGUGGACCAAAUUGCGACCAGGGAUAUGGAAUUUCUUGGAGAAGGCUAGUAAGCUAUAUGAACUGCAUCUGUACACCAUGGGGAACAAGUAUUAUGCCACAGAGAUGGCUAAACUACUUGAUCCAAAAGGGGAGUUAUUUGCUGGUCGAGUCAUCUCUCGUGGUGAUGAUGGUGAUUCUUUUGAUAGUGAAGAUAGGGUUCCCAAGAGCAAGGACUUGGAGGGUGUCUUGGGUAUGGAGUCAGCUGUCGUAAUUAUAGAUGAUUCUGUGCGAGUCUGGCCACACAAUAAACUAAACUUGAUAGCUGUUGAACGGUAUAUUUAUUUUCCAUGUAGUAGACGGCAAUUUGGGCUGCCCGGCCCUUCUCUCCUUGAGAUUGAUCAUGAUGAGAGACCAGAAGAUGGGACUCUGGCCUCUUCUCUUGCGGUUAUAGAGAGAAUACACGAGGCCUUUUUUUCACAUCAGUCCUUAGAUGAAGCUGAUGUUAGAAACAUCUUAGCUUCUGAACAACAUAAGAUUCUGGCUGGUUGCCGCAUUGUCUUCAGCAGAGUAUUUCCAGUCGGUGAAACAAAUCCUCACAUGCAUCCAUUGUGGCAGACGGCUGAACAAUUUGGUGCCGUUUGCACUAAUCAGAUAGAUGAGCAGGUCACCCAUGUAGUUGCCAAUUCUCUUGGGACUGAUAAGGUGAACUGGGCCCUUUCCACAGGAAGAUUUGUUGUGCAUCCUGGCUGGGUGGAAGCAUCAGCUUUGCUUUAUCGGAGAGCCAACGAGCAAGAUUUUGCCAUUAAACAACCACAAUAA